AUGGUUCAUAACGUGAACGGCAGCAAUACCGAUAACACCAACGGCAAUAUAGUCCUGCAUUCCGAGGAUGUGAGCGUCAACUACGGCGACUUCCGCGCGCUGCGCGACAUCAAUAUGGACAUCAAGCGCCGUGAAGUUACCGCGCUCAUCGGUCCGUCCGGUUGCGGCAAAAGCACGAUGUUGCGCUGCUUCAACCGCAUGAACGAUCUCGUGCCGGGUGCGGAAAUCAGCGGUCGGAUACUAUUCGAAGGCUACGACCUGUACGGCGCGGAUGUUGACCCGACCGAGAUACGCUCGCGCAUCGGCAUGGUCUUCCAGAGGCCGAACCCCUUCCCCAAGUCAAUUUACGAUAACGUUGCGUUCGGGCUGAAAAUCAACGGCUACCAGGGGAACUACGACGAAGCAAUCGAACAGUCCCUGCGGCAAGCUGCGCUGUGGGACGAGGUCAAAGACCGUCUGAACACGAGCGCCCUGGACCUUUCCGGCGGUCAGCAGCAGCGACUCUGCAUUGCCCGCGCCAUCGCAGUAGAGCCGGAAGUGGUGCUUAUGGAUGAGCCCGCAUCCGCGCUCGACCCCAUCGCAACCCUUGCCAUUGAGGAGCUUAUCCGCGAACUGAAGGUCAACUACACCAUCAUCAUCGUAACCCACAACAUGCAACAGGCGGCGCGCGUUUCGGACGAUACGGCGUUCCUGAUGGUUGACGAGGACAGGUGUGGCUACCUCGUCGAGUUUGCGCUCACGCAGCAGAUAUUCACCAACCCCACAGACGAGCGAACAGAGGCAUAUAUUACUGGACGGUUUAGCUAG